AUGCUCUCAAGGUCUGCGCGUCAAGCAAAGCGUCUGGCUAAGGAGCGGGCGGCCGAGGCGCACGUGCUGCGUGACGAGGAAGAAAACAGGGAAGAGGACGACGAGGAGGACGACGAGGAAUUGCUGGCGGAGAACAAACGGGCAGCCACUAUGGGCUUUGCGUUCUUAGCUGACUCAGACUCGGACUCCGAAACGAGCGACAGCAUGGAGGAAGAAGGCCGAGACGACGGUCAGGAGAAGGAGUGCGGAGAAGAAGAUGAGACGGAGAGCUCAGUAGUGGAAGUGGUGACUCCGGUGCCUCCUACGGAGAAACCAAAGAAGACAAAGAAGAAAAACAAGAACAGUAAGAAGAAGGACAAGCGACAAAAGGGUCGAGAAGAGAGAGAAGAAGAGGACGAGGAGAAGCAGUCGGUGGACGACAUUCUGGACGCGUUGGCCGCAGAUAAGUGGCGUGUCGACGACGCCACGUCCAGUUGCAAUGAUGUCGUGCAGUCGCUGUUUAGCGUGCAGCUCCAAUUUGCGAACGCUGAUAAGGAGAUGAAGCGCAUUUUUGGGGUAAAGCACGGCAGUCACGGCAACAACCGAAGACGAGGUGAUCCACGGAGUGCGCGAGUGUCGACGAAGAAGGUUAUGUUAGUAUUGCCCUCAGAUGAAUGGCCUCGUCCACCCACGUUUGUUGCUGGUGGUAUUCGCUGGACACGAUCGAACAAGCCUAAGGGUGCUGGCUGGAACAGUUUGUGCAAUUACUUUGAACUCACGUGGUCAAUGGCGUACAAGAAGUUGCAAGAAGAAUUUGAGCUUCUUCAACAGACACAUGACCCGAACCUCGUCGCCCACUUUUUGCAGCGCAACCCAUACCAUAUUGAUGCGUUGCUUACGAUGAGUGAGGUGUACCAGCACCACGGUCAGAUGGACCACGCAGCUGACUGUAUCAAGCGGUGUGUAUACAUGCUGGAGCUUGCGUGGACGGACCAGUUCGAUGUGUCAAAGGGCAACUGUCGCAUGGACGUCCAAACAGAGCACAACACGGGCUUCUUUAGGGCGUUGUUUUUGCUGAUGAAGCAAGUUGGGCGACGUGGAUGCACGCGAAGUGCCUUUGAGACAGCCAAGUUGCUGCUCAGUCUGGAUCCUCAAGGGGACCCGAUGAACGUACUUUUGACGAUCGACUACUAUGCGCUGACGUCUCGCCAGUGUCAGUUCCUCAUUGACUUGGUCGAUUCCAAGACACCAGCUGUAGACAGAUUUGCGGACAGUGAUACGGACCAUAAGAAGAGCAGCAAGACUGCUUCUCCAGGCGCGUCAGACACCAUUGCGGCAUUGCCGAACUUGCAGUUUUCGAUUGCGCUCGCCCAUUUCUUCCUGGGCAACGCGACAGAAGCGAGAGACCGGCUGGCUGCAGCGUUGCUCAAGUUCCCGACUGUCCUGAAACCACUGCUGGCAAAGAUCGCUGUUAAUCCGUCCUCGUCUUCGUGGCAUCCAAUCUUGUCGAGUCGCGUAUUUGCCAAUGCUCGAAGUAUCGAUGGAAAGCCCGGCGCGCUCCAGCAUUUGUUGGACAUUUAUGUCACGAGAAACUUCUCGCUAUGGAAAGUAGUCGACGUGCAGAUAUUUCUGCGCCGUAGUGCGCAGCACGCUGUUGACACUCCAUCCCUGGUCUCUGCGAAUCCGCAGGUGAUGGAGCUGCCGUCGUGCUUGGACAAGUACCUUCGUGCUGUCAGUGCUGACUACUCGGAUGAGGUCACCACGCUGCCAGCUGACCACCCGAUGCUGCAGCCACCGCAGCAUCAGCCUGAUCAGCCACUGAACGCUGAGGCUCUUGCUGCGCUUGUACACGCACAAGAGGAGGUUGAAGCAGGCAACUUACCAGCCGAUGCCAAUCCACUGCUGCUGUUUCUGCAGACGAUGCUGCCGUGGAACCACGUGCAAGGCGCAGGUCAGCAGCAAUAG